AUCAAUAAGCUGCUGCCUGUGCAGGGUGCAGGCUGCACCUUUGGACAGCCUUUAAAACUGAAUUCUCUGAAUUUUAGAACAAAUUUUUGUCUAGAAAUGCUGACUUUGGUUCAUUAGGUAGUGGUAAAACAGGCUCCCUUCGAAGCUCUCCUUCAUCACCUUCCUAAGUGCAUGGGGGAAAAUACCUAGGGCUCAACAGCCUUGAGAAGUGUGGAAACAUUUUCUUUGUGAGUGAGAACCGAUCACCUAGAGAAAGGAGAUCAGAUUCCCAUCACUGCUUCUGGGUAUCAGAUGCUAGCGCUGCACUCCAUUUCGCAAUGGCCUCCCUUGCUGCAGCAAAUGCAGAGUUUUGCUUCAACCUGUUCAGAGAGAUGGAUGACAAUCAAGGAAAUGGAAAUGUGUUCUUUUCCUCUCUGAGCCUCUUUGCUGCCCUGGCCCUGGUCCGCUUGGGCGCUCAAGGUGACUCUCUCUCUCAGAUUGAUAAGUUGCUUCAUGUUAACACUGCCUCAGGAUAUGGAAACUCUUCUAAUAGUCAGCCAGGGCUCCAGUCUCAACUGAAAAGAGUUCUUUCUGAUAUAAAUGCAUCCCACAAGGACUAUGAUUUCAGCAUUGUGAAUGGUCUUUUUGCUGAAAAAGUGUAUGGCUUUCAUAAGGACUACAUUGAGUGUGCCAGAAAAUUAUAUGAUGCCAAAGUGGAGCGAGUUGACUUUACAAAUCAUUUAGAAGACACUAGACAUAAAAUUAAUAAGUGGGUUGAAAAUGAAACACAUGGCAAAAUCAAGAACGUGAUCGGUGAAGGUGGCAUAAGCUCAUCUGCUGUAAUGGUGCUGGUGAAUGCUGUGUACUUCAAAGGCAAGUGGCAAUCAGCCUUCACCAAGAGCGAAACCAUAAAUUGCCAUUUCAAAUCUCCCAAGUGUUCCGGGAAGGCAGUGGCCAUGAUGCAUCAGGAGCGGAAGUUCAAUUUGUCUGUUAUUAAGGACCCAUCAAUGAAGAUUCUUGAGCUCAGAUACAAUGGCGGCAUAAACAUGUACGUUCUGCUGCCUGAGAGUGACCUCUCUGAAAUUGAAAACAAACUGACCUUUCAGAAUCUAAUGGAAUGGACCAAUCCAAGGCGAAUGACCUCUAAGUAUGUUGAGGUAUUUUUUCCUCAGUUCAAGAUAGAGAAGAAUUAUGAAAUGAAACAAUAUUUGAGAGCCCUAGGGCUGAAAGAUAUCUUCGAUGAAUCCAAAGCAGAUCUCUCUGGGAUUGCUUCGGGGGGUCGUCUGUAUAUAUCAAGAAUGAUGCACAAAUCUUACAUAGAGGUCACUGAGGAGGGCACCGAGGCUACUGCUGCCACAGGAAGUAAUAUUGUAGAAAAGCAACUCCCUGAGUCCACGCUGUUUAGAGCUGACCACCCAUUCCUAUUUGUCAUCAGGAAGGAUGACAUCAUCUUAUUCAGUGGCAAAGUUUCUUGCCCUUGAAAAUCCAACUGGUUUCUAUUACAGCAGUCCCCACAACAUCAAAGAACCACCACAAGUCAAUAGAUUUGAGUUUAAUUGGAAAAAUGUGGUGUUUCCUUUGAGUUUAUUUCUUCCUAACAUUGGUCAGCAGAUGACACUGGUGACUUGACCCUUCCUAGACACUUGGUUGAUUGUCCUGAUCCCUGCUCUUAGCAUUCCACCACCAUGUGCCUCGCCCAUUUCUAAUUUCAUUGUCUUUCUUCCCACAUUCAUUUCUAUCAUUCUCCCCCAUGACCCAUCUGGAAAUUAUGGAGAGUGCUUAACUGGUAAGGAGAAUGUAGAAGUAGCCCCAGGGAUCCCUUUUGAAACUCUGCAGUUAUCACAGAUAUUCUAGCUUCAUUGUAAACAAUCUAGGAAAUAAGCCCAGCUGCUUUCUAGAAAUAAGUGUGAAGGAUAAAUUUUCUUUGUUGACCUAUGAAGAUAUUAGAGUUUACCUUCAUACGUUUGAUUUUAAAUCAGUGUAUAAUCUAGGUGGUAAAAAAUAUGAAAUUGGGAUUGGGGACCAACCAAAAUAUUUCAUUAAUGCUUUCAAUUGACAAAUUUUGGCCUUUCUUUGAUAAGACAGUAUGUACAUAGUUUUUUCAAAUAUUAAAUAUCUUUUAACUGUUGGCAGUUGUCAUUUACAGAAUCAUAUUUCAUAUGCUGUGUAGUUUAUCAGUUUUUUCUCUAUUUAUCAGAAUAAAGAAAUACAACAUA